AUGAAGAAUAAAAGUGAAACGCUUGACAUGUUUAAGAUGUAUGUAACUAAAAUUGAGAAUCAACUUAGUAAGAAGAUUAAUAGACUUCGUAAUGAUGAGGGAACUGAAUAUGAUUAUGAGUUAUUUAAUGAUUUCCAUAGUAAACAUGGACCUGUACAUGAAACGACUGCUCCAUAUUUUUCUGAAAUGAAUGGUAAAGCAGAAAGAAAGAAUAGAACUCUUACUGAACUUGUUGUUGCAAUUAUGAAGAAUUAUGAAUCAAAUGAUGUUGAAUUCUAUGAAGACAAAUUUUCUUUCAAAUCGAGAAGUAGUGGGGGCACUCAAUCGAGUCACAUUCCCGUGAUUAGAAGCUAUAAAAGCAACGACAAUGUAGAAACAGAAAUUCGACGAAGUAAAAGAGUAAGAGUUGCUAAAGACUAUGAGCCCGAUUAUGCGGCUUAUAGUGUAGAAGAAGAUCCAAUAAAUCUCCAAGAAGUCUUGUCAUCUCUGGAUGCAGAUUUAUGGCAAGAGGCUAUUAAUGAUGAGAUAGAAUCUCUAGAAACUAACAAGACCUGA